UCCCCGCGGUGCCGCCCGGCCGGGCCCCGCCUUCCUCGGGGCCGGGCGAUGGGCGGGGAAGGGGACGGGCAGGUUAAAGCGAGGCCGGCCCCUCACCGGGCUACCGCUGCCCGCGCCGUCGUGUCCCCUCGCUCCCGCCACGGCGGAGGACGCGCCGCGGGGCCUCGUCGCGCCGGGAGGCCCAGGACCGACAGGUUUGGAAAAGCCUUUUGACCCAGGAAUCACUAAAAGCUGUUCCAAAAUAGAAGGACAUAAGAAAUGUAUUCAAACUAGCUUGGCCUGAGUAGGAAGUAAGAAGAGAGUUAUAGACGAGUUGCAUUGAGGAAUGAAGAAUUGCUGUGUGUAUCCACAAAUUUGAUUGACUUGCUCAGGGGUAGGAGGCUGAAGUGUCUAUCUCCAGAAAUGUCUUUGGAAAGUAAACAACAACAUGAUCUGUCACUCAAUAAUUCAGUUGAAGGAAAUGACCAACACAGUCCUCUGUCUAAUAUGCAUCCAGAGCUUGAAAAGCAAUCAAGUACUGACUUCAAGCAAUUUGAAGCCAAUGAUCAAUGCACAAUUUAUCGUAGGAUCCAUAUGGAGCCUCGAGAGAAAUCAAGUACUAACUUCAAGCAAUUUGUCAUUAAAAAACUGCAGAAGAGUUGCCAGUGCAGUCCAGCCAAAGCCAAAAAUAUGAUUUUUGAUUUCCUUCCUGUUUUGCGAUGGCUCCCAAAAUAUGAUCUGAAGAAAAACAUUUUAGGGGAUGUGAUGUCUGGUUUGAUUGUGGGCAUCUUAUUAGUGCCCCAGUCCAUUGCUUAUUCCCUCUUGGCUGGCCAAGAACCUAUCUAUGGUCUGUACACAUCAUUUUUUGCCAGCAUCAUUUAUUUCCUGUUGGGUACCUCCCGUCACAUUUCUGUGGGCAUUUUUGGAAUAUUGUGCCUUAUGAUUGGUGAGGUAGUUGACCGAGAACUACACAAAGCUGGCUAUGACACUGCCGAUAAUGCGCCUUCUGAUUUAGGACUGGUUUUGAAUGGGAGCACGUUAUUAAACCAGACAUCAGACUGGAUAUGUGACAGAAGUUGCUAUGCAAUUGCAGUUGGCAGCACUGUGACCUUUAUGGCUGGAGUUUAUCAGGUAGCGAUGGGCUUCUUUCAAGUGGGCUUUGUUUCUGUCUACCUCUCAGAUGCCUUGUUGAGUGGAUUUGUCACUGGUGCCUCCUUCACUAUUCUUACAUCUCAGGCUAAGUAUCUCCUUGGGCUCAGCCUUCCUCGGAGUAAUGGUGUGGGCUCGCUCAUCACUACGUGGAUACAUAUCUUCAAAAACAUCCAUAAGACCAAUAUCUGUGAUCUCAUCACCAGCCUUUUGUGCCUUUUGGUUCUUUUGCCAACCAAAGAACUCAAUGAGCACUUCAAGUCCAAGCUUAAGGCACCAAUUCCUACUGAACUCAUUGUUGUUGUGGCAGCCACAUUAGCCUCUCAUUUUGGAAAACUAAAUGAGAAAUAUAAUACCAGUAUUGCUGGGUCUAUUCCCACAGGGUUUAUGCCACCCACAGCACCGGACUGGAACCUAAUUCCUAGUUUGGCCGUAGAUGCAAUAGCUAUUUCAAUCAUUGGUUUUGCUAUUACUGUAUCACUUUCUGAGAUGUUUGCCAAAAAACAUGGCUACUCAGUCAAAGCUAAUCAGGAAAUGUAUGCCAUUGGCUUUUGCAAUAUCAUCCCUUCCUUCUUCCACUGCUUUACUACUAGUGCAGCUCUUGCAAAGACCUUGGUUAAAGAAUCAACAGGCUGCCAAACUCAGCUUUCUGGUGUGGUAACAGCCUUGGUUCUUCUGUUGGUCCUCCUAGUAAUAGCUCCUUUAUUUUAUUCCCUUCAGAAAAGUGUCCUUGGUGUAAUCACCAUUGUAAAUCUCCGGGGAGCCCUACGUAAGUUUAAGGAUCUGCCCAAAAUGUGGAAGGUUAGCAGAAUGGAUACGGUUAUCUGGUUUGUUACCAUGCUGUCCUCUGCACUGAUAAGUACUGAAAUAGGCCUGCUUAUUGGGGUUUGUUUUUCUAUGUUUUGUGUCAUUCUCCGUACUCAGAAGCCAAAGACUUCAUUGCUUGGUUUGGUGGAAGAGUCUGAAAUCUUUGAAUCCAUGUCUGCUUACAAGAAUCUGCAGACUAAGCCGGGAAUCAAGAUAUUCCGUUUUGUAGCCCCUCUCUACUACAUAAACAAAGAAUGUUUUAAAUCUGCUUUAUACAAAAAAACACUCAACCCAGUCUUAGUAAAGGCAGCUCAGAAGAAGGCCGCAAAGAGAAAGAUCACAAAGGAAACAGUGAUUCUCAGUGGAGUCCAGGAUGAAGUUUCAGUGCAACUUUCCCAUGAUCCCUUGGAGCUUCAAACCAUAGUGAUUGACUGCAGUGCAAUACAGUUUUUAGAUACAGCGGGGAUUCAUACGCUGAAAGAGGUUCGUAGAGAUUAUGAAGCCAUCGGCAUCCAGGUUCUGCUGGCUCAGUGCAAUCCCUCUGUGAGGGAUUCCCUGGCACGUGGAGAGUAUUGCAAAAAGGAAGAAGAAAACCUUCUCUUUUAUAGUGUGUAUGAAGCAAUGGCCUUUGCAGAAGAAUCUCAGAAUCAGAAAGGAGUGUGUAUUCCCAAUGGUCUAAGCCUUUCCAGUGAUUGACUGAGAAAGUAGAUGGAAAGAAGAAUGAUGUCUAGCCAAUAGCUUAAGGUUUGAAGUAUGUAAUACUUUCUAGUUCCACAGUGGAAAAUGUUGUACUUGAAAAUUUAACCUAUGGAGAGAUAUUAUUCCUUUGAAGUUGAUGGCUUUUGUAGAUACACAAAUACAGUAGAGCUUAUAGUUAAGAAAAUUUUGUGGUUUUAGGCCUUUUUGCAGAUAUGAGGUAUUCUUGAAAUUAAAUAAAUACCUAUUGAAUUGAACUGUAAAGUAGGCUUCAAACUCAGUUACCAUGCUGUUUUAGAAGAUAAGCAUUUGGACUCUUCCUUCUCCUGGAGGUAAAGCUGACAUUGACGUGAGAAGUGCUAGAGGCUACUUGAUGUGACUCUUAGGAGAGAAUAGAAAGGAGGCAGGGAAAUAGUGUUGUACCUGCUCUGAUACCAGCAGGUCAGGGGACUUCUGUGGCAAAGGUUUGUUCUUACUUGUACUUCUCCGGUCCCAGUCUUUGCUCCCUAUGGCAGUAGGAUCUCUGGCUUUUAGUAGGAGAGCAGCAUUCCUUUCCUAGGGCUAGGAACUCCACAGGCAUAGUCUUAUUAGGAAUUUGAUGGCUGGGUGGGCUGACAGGUGAAAUCCUAUCAGCCAGCCUCAUGUUACUUAGAACAUUCUUUGUAAUACAUUUGAUGUUUUUAUUCAUGCCUCUUUAUUUAGAGUAAGUAAGUAAGCAAAGAGCUCUUCUUCAUAAUCGGCCAAAUACUAGGACACCUCCAUGUCUUUCCUGUGAUCUCAGUCUGUCCCUGUUACUGAGUAUUCCUCUACUGUUACCUCUGUUGUAGCUUUCGUUCAUUUAGUGUUUCCCACAGAAUCUGUCUUAUACUGCUACACAUUACCUGCUACAAGAUUGUCAGGUAAAGGGCAGAAUGCUGACUACACAAUUCUAGACAGCAUUUUAAAUGAGCUUGAGGCUACUGUAAGGAUGGAUUGAAAAGAAGAAAUGAUUGACGGUUUCCCUUAAGAAUUUGUUUACUGGGCAGCCCCGGUGGUGCAGCAGUUUGGCGCCACCUGCAGCCCGGGGUGUGAUCCUGGAGACCCUGGAUCGAGUCCCACGUCAGGCUCCCCGCGUGGCGCCUGCUUCUCCCUCUGCCUGUGUCUGCCUCUCUGUCUCUAUGAGUAAAUAAAUAAAAAUCUUAAAAAAAUAAAAAAUAAAAAACAAACAAAAAAAGAAUUUGUUUACUUAGCAGUGAAUUUUUUUUUCCUUUCCAUGGCAUUUUAGCAAGGGUCCACUGGGGAUUGACAGUCUUUCUCAAAUAGAAGCUACUAUUCAUCUUUAUUCAGUUCCUUUUGAAAAGCAAGAAUGUCCCACAUUAAAAGCAUAUUCUGUAUGUGGACCUUGAUAGUCAAGAAAAAAAAAAACAAGUUUUCCAAAGUUAGGACUAGGAGAAUAAUUUUUUUUUUGAGAAUAAUUUUUCAAGAUUGAAACAUUUACCCACACUAUUUAAAGCAAGCAAAAUAAUAAUUACAGAAAUGUGAAUAAUUUUUUAACUUGUUACUACAUUCUAAACAACUUAAAUAUUUAUGAGAAGCAAACCCUAUCUGUUGGGCAUCUAUUGGAGUUGGACACUUUUAAAUAUAUUUAACUUUCUUUUUGGUUCCAAAACCUUCAAGUGUUGCUUUUCUACUGGUAGAACUCUGUCCAUCUGUUUACAUGGAAAAUGCCUUUCUAUUAAAACAAAGCAGUUUCUCAAUAGAAAAGUGGAUUUCUGUCUUGAAGGUGAUUGACUUCAUGAUUAAGUAUAAUAGUACUAAAUUUUGACAUCCUUUUAGAAUUUAAAUCUAGAAUUUCAGAAAUAUUAGCUGCUGUUUGUAUUUGUGGGUUUUUUUCCUUUUGUUUUUUAGCCACUAUUUGCCCUUUCUAUCCAAUUUUAGGAAUAGUAAUAGUACAAUUAUAGUGUCUUGGUUAGUUAUUUAUUUUUAAUCCCUCUUAUCCACCCCCUCACCCUCCAGGUUUGAAUCCAGAUGUCGAAUGCCAUGUGAGAAAGUAAAUGAGUACAUGUUAAAGAUGACCCUAUAAUUUAGCAAACACUAGCACAGGAAAAAAAAAAAAAGGAUCCAAAGAAUUUAGAAAAUGCCUUAGAAUGGAGUAACAGGAUCUUCUACCUGACAUUUCUGUCCAUAUAUGGAUAUUAACAAUUCUGGAGUUUUAUGCAAUUAAGCAAAUUCUUGAAUUAUGUUCUGGUUUGUUCCUCUUCUACCCAGACAAACAAACAUACAGGAGAUUCUGCUUUUGGCAGCCACUUGUAAAAACAUUUAAGAUUCACUGGAAUUUAUAUCUCACUUCUCUGCUCAGGUUGCGGUCCACCUUUUGUGACACAUUGUUGGUUGCUAGUAUUUAAAGAAAUCAACCUAAAGCCAAAAUCUAACUCACCAACAAAACUAUUUUCAUUUUCUUUCUUGCUCAAGGCUUGGACUUUAGUUCAAAAGCUGAUACUUUACACACUUUAUUGAUACAAAAAUAUCUUGCUUAUGCUACACUUUAGAGUCUAAAGCAUUUUCUCAUUGCUUAUUGACAAAUGUAUAAAAUUCUAAAUAUCUUAAAAUAGUCAUUUAAUUGAAACAUAGUGUAUAUAUUCUUGAUGGUUAAAAACUUAGAGCCAGAGACAGAGUAUGCUAAAUGUGCAGAGUAAGGAUAACAUUCAAAAGGAAUGAAAGGAAUAUACUGUUGAAAACAACUCUUGGGGAUGCCUGGGUGGCUCAGGGCGUGAUUCCCGGGUCCCGGGAUAGAGUCCCACAUUGGGCUUCCUGCACGGAGCCUUCUUUUCUCUCUGCCUUUCUCUCUGUGUCUCUCAUGAAUAAAUAAAUAAAAUGUUUUAAAAGAAAAAAGAAAAAACCCUCUUUGACCAAAAGAGGGAUAUAAAGGAGAGGACUAAGUUGAACAGGAUACAAUCCCUUUUUAGCCCCAUGUAGCAGUAGGGAGAUCAGAAAUAGGAGCCACACCUUAGUUUGACAGCAGGGUCAGAACUGAUUUUGGUUUCUAGAAAGGGAGGGUGGAUUCACCAAAGAUGAAAGAGCUGAGGAGCAUGUGGAACCCCAGAGUUGGGGCAAAGGCCCGGUUGACCUAAUCUGGAGCAUAGACUGAGUAACUGUAGCCUCUGAUGGUGGUAAAAGGGACAAAUGUCUAGUUGACAAUUAUUACUAUUUUUUUUUAGUGGAACCAAAGGAAAAUCUGGAUAGUCCAACUUAGCUUUUAAACAGUAGUAGUCAUUGAAGCCAGAAUUUGUUGGUAAAUUUAUAGUAUGAUAAAUGGUGAUCUUUAAACAUGUAUCAAGAUAUUAGAUGAGUUCAUUAGACUAUUCUAAUGCUAAUGAACAUGUUUUAACAGGAACAGUUAUUCUCUGCAGGUGUAUACUUAAAUAGUUUGUCACUGAAGAACAAACACAUUGUCUGGGUGUUAGCCCUGAUCUUAUUAUAAAAAUGAAAAAAAGGCAGUGAAUUUCUUGGGAACUAAAAUUGAGUCUAGAAGUUACAAUGAUAAAUUUCAGCUCUAUGGUCUUUGUUACUGUUCUUAAUGAAUUGUUUUCCUCUAUAUAUUGCUAUAGAUGAGCUAUAGGAUCUUUUUUGCACCAGUGUAGAUAAUACCUCACUACUUACUGAGGACUCGUGCAGGGGUCUAGAGUCCUGGGCCAGGUGCUGGGACUAUGGUACCAAAUCUAGUAGAUGGGCCAUAUGAUAACUCUCCUAGGUAACACCGGGGCACUUGGAGGAGCUUUCUGGAGGAGCCAAGCUGAGCCUGGACCGAGGUCUGAACAGGAGACAGGCAACUGAGGCAAACAAGGAGGCAUGGAUGCCCCUGAUCUAUUUAGGGAAUGAUUCUACAGUGAGAUCGCAAAAACCCAGUCAACAGAGUUUAGGCUUUUUGUUUAGUUUUUCUGUUCUUUGAUGUUUUUCUUUUCUCCCCCUGUUUUCUUUAUCUAUUCUAGUGAUGCCUUAAUUUGAAGCUGGGUUUUAAAAACUGGAAGGAGGAGGAAAUUAGAUCUAGGAACCUUUUCAGUUUUGAACUAACUUGGCUUUUUUCCCCUUUUGUAUUAAGAUUUUAUUAGAUAAUCAAGAUUGGAAUCAUCAAGUGUUAAUACAAAAAUGAAAAGUAGAAUGGGGGUCUCCUGGGUAGCUUAGUCAAGUGUCUGCCUUCGGCUCAGGUCAUGAUCUCAGGGUCCUGGGAUCAAUUCCCCUGUCAGGCUCCCUGCUCAGUGGGAAGCCAGCUUCUCCCUCUGCCCCUCCCCCUGCUUGUGCUCUCUCUUUGAAAUAAAAUCUUAAAAAAAAAAAAAAAGAAAAAUAUAAU